UGGCGAUCAUUCAAAAGUGUUUAGUUUUUCAUAGCAGCAAGACAGACGGUUUUUCUACCCGACUCAGCUGUUAUUUCAAAGAAAUUGCAUAAGAUUUACAUAGCUGCCUAUGCGCAUACAUACUUACACACUCAGAUAUAAGCAUUAACUUACUAGUGCAGUGAAGUGCAGCAUACAGCAAUUUCCGACGAUUGGUUGUCUUUUCUUUUUACUGCAAAUUGAAAUAGCAAUUUCGUGACGAUAAUUGCUGACAAGUGAAAGGAAAGCGAUUUUAGUGUCCAUAAGAAAAAAGUGCAAGUGCAAGUGCAAGUGGAAGACUGAGGAAGUGCAACACAAGAAAUGGCUCAACCUCUGCGUAUUGCCAUCAUUGGUCAGAGUAAUUUUGCCGCAGAUGUCUUGGAAUUGCUGUUAGAGAAGAAAUACAAUGUUGUUGGCGUGUUCACCAUAGCCGAUAAGGGUAGUCGCGAGGAUAUCUUAGCUACGACUGCGUCUCACCAUAAAAUACCUGUUUUCAAGUUCUCUUCGUGGCGCAGAAAGGGCGUCGCCAUACCAGAAGUGCUACAACAAUACAAAUCGGUAAAUGCAACACUAAAUGUACUACCAUUUUGCUCGCAAUUCAUUCCCAUGGAAGUGAUUGAUGGUGCUGACUUGGGCAGUAUUUGUUAUCAUCCAUCCAUACUACCGCGGCAUCGUGGCGCCAGCGCAAUACAAUGGACACUGAUCGAGGGUGAUGAAGAUGCUGGUUUCACAAUUUUCUGGGCAGAUGAUGGUCUGGAUACUGGUCCGAUUUUGCUGCAAAAGCAGACGCCCGUGGAGCCCACCGAUACUUUAGAUACCAUCUACAAGCGGUUCCUCUAUCCCGAGGGUGUCAAGUCCAUGGGUAUAGCUGUCGAUUUGGUCGCUGCUGGUACUGCGCCGAAAAUCACACAAACCGAAAUAGGCGCCACAUACGAUCCGGCUAUGUUUAAAGAAGAAAACCAGUUUAUUGAUUUGCAGCAGUCCGCGUGCAAGAUUUUCAACUUUGUGCGUGGUUUGGACUCACAACCCGGCGCUAUCGCGGUAGUGGUGAAAACGGAUGGCACUGAGGAGAAGAUACGACUGUUCGGCGCACACAUCUACUCUGGUGGACCGGUGAAACAGCUGGGUUCGCUUAAACUGAAAGGUCUAAGUUCACCAGCAUAUAUACACCGCGAUGGCCUGCUCAUUAGGGGCACAGAUGGCAACUUCGUGAAUGUACGCCGCUUGAAGAAGGGUUCCAAAAUGAUUAACGCAGCCGAUUGGUUUAAUCAGAGCGAUCAGCCACAAAUCACCGACUUCAGCGAGGAUGAGCUGUUGAAGAAGGAGAUAUUGCGCGGUAUUUGGAAUUCCAUACUCAAAGCGCCUAUUGAGGCGGAGACAGACUUCUUUGCGGCUGGCGCCGGUUCCAUGGAUGUGGUGCGUUUGGUGGAAGAGUGUAAGGAUGCUUUCGAUGUGCCGCUAGAAAACGAACAUGUCUUUAUGGCACCAGUUUUCGAAGAGUUUUUCGUAGAGAUUGUUAAGAGUUUGCGUCAAGGUAGCUCCGCAACGGGUGUAGAGGUACCCUUCGAAGGUUUCAUUAUGCGCGCCAAUAAACGUGAAAUUCCUGUACCAACGCAACUCUUCAUAAACGGCGAAUUUGUCGACGCCGAAGGCAAGAGCACUUUGGACAUUGAGAAUCCAACAAAUGGCGAGAUUUUCUGUAAAGUCGCAUGCGCUUCGCGUGCCGACGUCGAUAAGGCUGUGCAGGCAGCGCAUAAUGCUUUCUACGGUUCAUGGAAGCAAGUGUCGGCACGUCAGCGUGGACAGCUUAUGAUGAAGCUUGCCGAUCUGAUGGAGCAGUACAAAGAAGACUUGGCAACAAUUGAGUCGGUGGACUCGGGCGCGGUAUAUACGCUGGCACUGAAAACUCACAUUGGCAUGUCGAUCGAUGCAUGGCGAUAUUUUGCCGGCUGGUGUGACAAAAUACAAGGCAGCACCAUACCCGUAAAUCCAGCCAGACCCAAUAAUGUGUUGACAUUCACCAAGCGCGAGCCAAUAGGCGUCACCGGUCUUGUAACACCCUGGAAUUAUCCACUCAUGAUGUUGUCUUGGAAAAUGGCCGCUUGUAUUGCCGCUGGCAAUACUUGCUUGAUCAAACCGGCGCAGACGUGCCCGCUUACGGCGCUCAAGUUUGCUGAGCUCACUGUAAAAGCGGGCUUUCCACCAGGCGUCAUUAAUGUUGUGCCUGGCCAAGGUUCGGGCGCAGGUCAAGCAGUUGCCGAUCAUCAUUUGGUGCGGAAAUUGGGCUUCACCGGUUCUACGCCCAUCGGCAAGGUGAUCAUGAAGUCAUGUGCCGAGUCGAACCUUAAAAAGUGUUCACUGGAAUUGGGUGGCAAGAGCCCGUUGGUUAUAUUCGCCGACUGUGAUCUAGACAAAGCCGUUAAGCAUGGUAUGUCCUCGGUCUUUUUCAAUAAGGGGGAGAACUGCAUUGCCGCGGGUCGCCUCUUCGUUGAGGAUCGUAUACACGAUGAAUUUGUACGUCGCGUUGUUAAAGAUAUUCGUACCAUGACUAUCGGUGAUCCCCUGAAUCGUUCUACAGCACAUGGUCCACAAAAUCACAAGGCGCACUUUGAUAAACUCAUUGCUUAUUGUGAGCGUGGCGUGAAAGAGGGCGCCACUUUGGUCUAUGGCGGCAAGCCUGUGCCCAACACCAAAGGCUACUUCUUCCAACCCACCGUCUUCACCAAUGUCGAGGACGACAUGUAUAUUGCACAAGAAGAGUCUUUCGGCCCCAUUAUGAUUAUAUCCAAAUUUAAUGGCAGCGAUGUGGAUUCAGUGAUGAAGCGCGCGAAUCGUAGCGAAUAUGGGCUGGCCAGUGGUGUAUUCACAAAAGAUAUCAGUAAGGCUCUGACUUUCGCCGAUCGUAUAGAGGCCGGCACAGUGUUUGUGAAUGUUUACAAUAAGACUGACGUGGCGGCGCCGUUUGGUGGCUUCAAGCAAAGCGGUUUCGGCAAGGAUCUGGGACAGGAGGCGCUUAAUGAGUAUUUGAAAACAAAAUGUGUGACGAUUGAAUAUUAGUAAGUAGAUCAAGUAGAAAAAAUCUGGGGGGUAUGUAUAGAGAAAGCGUAAAGCAAGCGGAAGAAGAGUAAAGCAAUGUACUAUAAGAAGAAUUUAGAAAUUUAUGUAAACAUAAGGCAGCUAUUAACUUAAGUUUUUUUUUAUAACUUUUAGUCUUAAAAAAAAAAAAUUACAACUGCAUAUAAAAAUCGUUUGUAAGAGGAAUGAAAUUCUAGAUUUAUUUUUGUUACGAGCAGAGCGUAUAAAAUAUGCUAAUAGUGGCUGAAUUUCUUUAUUCAUUCUGAACG